GUGCCAGUGCUUUAUUUUACUCUUUAUUUCAAGUUCUAGGGCAGUGAGCAGUGCUAAAGCAAGACAGACUUCCUUACUGUCAGUCCUGCACGUAGGUAAUGUUCAUCGUUGUGGUUCUAACGCCAAAAGAGAAGGAGAACAAAACAACUUACCAAGGUGGUGCAGAAAGCCAGUGCAAGAAAGAAGCAGGACAGUUUUCCUGCCUUUUUGUCCCUCGCUCUCUAAUGAAAGCACUGCAUUCAGUACACCAAUUAGACAAUUCUUUGACUGUCACUGUCCAACCAGGCUGUGCUUAGAACCCUUAACAAAUUAAGUGCUAAUUGAUUAAUAACAGUAGUGCCAUUCUCUCAGUCUGGCUGUCCCUGUGAAAAAAGCUGCAGUCUCAUUACACGAUGGGAUCUCCUUCUGGAUGGGAAUUGCUCAGUGAUAGCAGCCACUGUAAAACGUCUUGGCCAUGAAGUUAAUUAUUAACUGGCCAGCUCAUAAAAACAUCACACUGUGAGAGCACAACACACUUAAAAACAGCUGUCACUAGAUCAUGCAUACAACAGGAAUAAAGGAACACAUAAAAGGAGACAGGAACUUGGGAAGUCCUUCGGCUAAGGGAAGACAAACUGCACUGAGGUUUAUCUCCAUGGAGAAAUCCAUGGACAAGCUUAGCAGCGAGAACAAAUGGACAGCUUCUGGAGCACCUCAGGCUGAGAAGGCUAGUCCUGCUCCCACUGCAGGGGCUGCAGGAACGAGCAGAGCAGAACCCCAUGCAGAAGAUGCUGCUGAUGUGGAGAGAUUGGCAUUCACUGAGGGACAUUCCAAAGAAAUGGAGAGCUCUCCAGGCACAGAGCUAGACAGUCCUGAUGCCUUGAAAACAGCGUUUCCAGAAGGAGACGGUCUGAACUCAGCAUCUCUUGCUAUGAUAACAAACCGAAGCUCUCCUGAGGUAUGCAGUUCUGAAAGGAACGACCAGCCUUCACCCACAUCAUCUCUUGCAGACAUGGACUGCCUGGUCUGCUUCAACAAGUACAGCAUUUACCGGGUCCCAAAGCUCCUGGGCUGUCAGCAUGCUUUCUGUGCGGUCUGCCUGAAGCUUAUCCUCAGGAAAGAAGAGAAUACUUGGAUAAUCACCUGCCCCCUGUGCAGAAAAAACACGUUUGUGUCAGGAGGACUUAUCCGCACGCUCCCAAAUAAAGAAGAGAUCAUGGACCUCUUGGAACACCCCGACUCAUGUCCUGAGGUACACGUCUCUGCCAUAGGGCUGGAUAGCAGCAGCUGGGCUCAGAGCAGCCAGGACAUUUUAAACAGAGACCAAACUAUUCCAGCAGACAACAGACUGGCUGUGCAGAGACUUGUGCUGCUCCUGCUGCUUUUGGUGAUUCUCACCAUCCUCAUCCUCCCGUUCAUAUACUCUGGGAUGAUAAAAUGGGUCAUUUGUAUCAUGCUGACUUUGGGGUUGGUCAUGUCUAUGGUGCUCUGCUGCACUCCUAAAUUUUAUUGGCGCUGUAAUGGAAGCUCGCUCAGGUCCUGCCACAAGGAGACCCACAUUGCUGCUAUUGCCUGAAACAAUUUGAGAUACCUGGAGAUAAUGCCUCGCUCCCCUUGCACAGCUCAGUGUCAGCAGCACGAGUCAGUUACUGGACUUUGAAAGCAAACACAUCAUAAAUUCAAAGCGUCUGACAUAGCCCUAGGGCUGAAUGGCUAUGCAGAGUGCUGUUUUAAUUUUAUUACUGAAAACAUAGAAAAACAUUCGUAUUCUGAUAUUUGUAAGAGAAAAUCGUAAGCCUUCCUCACAGCUUUUAUCCCAGAUGAAUAAUUAUUUUGUUUUGCUUUGGUCAUUUUGUUCUUGUUAGUGUCAUCUCUGGAUUACUGCUGCAGAACAUUAUCUGAAACAUCUGACACUGAAAAUUUGUCCCCAUUGCUGUGUUUUCCUGCUCUCUUAACAUACCCACACCUUUUCUUGUGAUAAUGUGGGGAAUUAGCCUGAUAAUCUGGGACUGGACAACUAGCCUCAAUGGAAGAGGGUGAUUUUAACCCAGUGUAUCACCUUAAUGUGUAUCAUGGACCUAAAGGUUGUUGUCAGUGGUGGGAAGGUAGGACUGGGAGAAGGCAGCGUUGGUUGUUGCCACCUUAAGUUGCACGCAAAACUAGAGAAGAGGCAAAAUCAACACUUCUAAUCUUGAGUCCACAACUUGCAAAGGGCAAGGCUCUGAAAAGCUCAUGACAUUCCAAGCUCUCUGCGUUAUUUAGCACAGAAAUGGUUCCUCUCAGCUGCACUCCUCUAUCUGGCUUCCUGUACCACCUCUCCUCUUGCUCUCUUUACAUUAAGUGUGACAUUGCCCUUGGAGAUGCCCACAAUCCUCCUUGUAGAGAUCAAAAUAAAUCUACCAAUGGUUAUGCUAUGCCAAAUCUGAUUAUUUUUUUUAAUAUAUAUGGAAUAUAUCCAUUAAAGUUUAAUAAUGCUAAUUGCU